AUGAAUGUUUUAGGGGUUUUACAUCUGGUUCUAUUCGUUAGAUAUUGCGUAGCUACCUUAACAGACUCGCGGGUUGAAGGAGAAAAUGGAGGAACGAAAACAACCGCUAAAUCCACCAGAGAACUCGUAGUUCCAAUUACCCUAGAUUUGGCUGAGGUGAAUACAAACUCGGUUGAUGUUCCAGCUACUACUGUGCAAGAUGGCAUAAGUACAACCUACUACUACCCAAAGGGAAAGUUUUAUUUUGAAAAGAUAGUGGAUGGAGGCAGAACUGUAUGGGAGUCUACUGAAAAGAAGUGUUCUCCAGCAUAUACUAUCUCAAAGGGUGAUGUAACAUUUCUUGCUUUACUACUCAAGGAGGGUGAGAAUACAGAUUUAAUAUACUACGAAAAGAAGAAUCUAGGGUGGAAGCUUGUCGAGAAGACAAAGAGUGAAAAUAUAAUAGAGGAACUAAAGAGGCAGCCUGAGCAACCAGCUGUAAAAACCAUCGACUUGGAUCUUUCAGAUGUUGAUUCUACAGCAUUCUCUGUAGAAGAAUCUGAGGAGGAUAAGGUUCCUAUCAAAAAAUAUGCCGUUAAAACUGAUCAUUACUUGAAUGAGAUAAACUAUGGAGAUUCUGAACUUUGGAAAUCCGAUUCUCCGGACAAACAUUGUACACUUGCUACGGUAUACUUUGAGGAAGAGAAUCCUAUGUUGCUAUCCCUAACACUUAACCAAGGAUUUGUUUAUCUGCAAAAUAAAGACGGUAGAUGGGUUGGUGUUUCUAAGGAUGGCUACGAUACCGCUCUGGCUAAGAUGAAGAGACUGGCUUCCUUACCCAAAGUCAGGACUGUCGAAUUAGAUAUCGCUGAUAUAGACGGCAAUGUCUUUACGGUUGAGGAGGAAGCCUUAGAAGGAGUACCUCUAAAGACAGUGACUCCCAAGGAUGGUGUCCUCAUAACUUCUGUUAUGGAUGGAGAGAAGGAAGUCUGGAAGGGUGCAGAUAAGGAGCAUGGUCUGCAAGUAGUAGUCUGCUAUGAUGGAGAAUCCCCUGCAUCAGUAGUUGUAAACUUUGUAAAGGUUGAUGGAAAGAAUGUUUUGAAAUAUCAUAAUAAGCAGGGUGAUAAGUGGGAGAUGGUAAAGAAAGAAGACCAUGAAAAGUUGCUGGAGGAGUUCAAGGCUUCAGAAGAUAAUAAAGAUAAAGAAUCCUCAGAGAACCUUCCUUCUCCUGGGUUGGUUCUUGACAUUGGCCAACCAGAUUCCACAAACUACCAGUCCUUUGACUAUAACAAGGAUGGAAUUCCUACGAGAUUCAUUGUGCCAAAGGAUAACGCAAUAACGUCAGUCAAGGAAGGUUCUUUAGAAGUAUGGAAAGCUUCUGGAAGGAAUGAUACAUGUGCAUUUGUAACUCUUCGUCUGAGUGAUGGCAAACCCGCGAUUGCACAACUAACUAAAAAUACCAAUGGACAUCCAAUGGUUACACUUUUAAAGAAAGAUGGUAAAUGGAAUCUAGUAAAUGACUAUACUAAUGAGCUUUCUAAGCUGAGGAGAACUACAGAGUCUGUAGAAAACUUUACUCUCGAUAUUUCUGCUACUAGUAGUACUGACAAGUGUACCAUCUUUGAUACCAAACUUUAUGGAGUCCCAGUUCGUUUUUACGUUCCAAAAGUUGGUUUUCAUGCUACAAAAUUGUCCUUUGGAGGAACUGAGCUCUGGACAAAUACCUCUUCUAAGUCGAAUGGUAAAACGGCAUCUAAUAAGAGAAUCUUCCUUUUAAUAGCCGGGUUGAGUAAUGGAGAAUUGAAUAUCAUUCAUGUAUUCACAAGGGGUCAAAGCAAUGGCUCUGAGUUGUUAUAUUACGGAUUUAAAGAUGGAAAGUGGGAGAAUAUCAGUAAGGAUGAAUAUAGCAAGAAGUUUGAGGAGUUGAAGAAAUAG